UCUGCGGACAUUCGUACGGUGACCAGAGAGCGCAGCACUUCAUCAUGGCGAAGGCUCAGAGCGCCGGUGAGGUUGGCAGGCGGCUGCGCACAGACCUCCGCCUACAGCAAUGGCUGCUGCGGUUAGUGGGGGCGUGGGCACCACGCAGCGGGGCGUCGACGUCUGUGUGGUCGUCACUGUACGGCACGUAUUCCGGCUGCGUCGUGGUGAUUCUGCUGCUGUUCGUGGCCAGCCUGCUGUUCGCCAUGGUGCACUACUGGGGCCACAUGCUGGGCGUCACCAUGAACGCCUGUCUCAUGUUCACCUACGUCAUGAACAUCAUCAAGAUCGUCGCCUUCCUCAGAAUGAGACCCGCUAUCGACCAGUUCAUCGAUGAACUCGACAGCUGUAUGCAGGAGUACGGGCAGGAGCUGCGGAGCCAGAAGGCGGCCGUGUUCCGGUGGACAGCUCUGAAGAGCCGGAUAGUGUCUGUGGCGCGGCUGUCGGUGACCGCCAUGGGCUGCGUCUACUGGGCGGUGAUGCCCGCAGUACGGGCCAGCGCCUGCGGCCACACCGUGGAGUGCCGGGCCAGCGUGGGACUGCCUGCCCACGUGUGGUACCCCUUCUCCUACACCGUGUCGCCGGUCUACGAGGUGAUUUACGCGGGUGUGGCGGCUGGCUUGAUGUACGGCGCCCUGUUGUCCUCCAUCAUGGACGGCUUCCUGGUGUCGCUCUUCAUCUACAUGGCAGGCCACCUGCAGCUGCUCAAUCUCAUGCUGCGCAGCAUCAGCGGGGGUCAGGCGGAGGAUGACGAAGAUGAGGACUACCACGGCGAGAAGCGUCGUGACGUGGCAGCUGCUAGCCACUUUCGUCAGGAGCAGCUCAUGAGAUGGCGGCUUGCCCAGUGCGUCACCUACCAUUGCCGUAUCGACAUGUAA